AUGGCGCCACUCGCCUUAUUUUCUAAGCACUUUACGUCAGCUUUCAUCGUCUGUGCUCUUUUUCUCUUCGGCUAUCGUCUCCUCCUGCACCCACUUCGAAAAUACCCAGGACCGUUUUUCGCCAAGCUUUCAGAUGUCUACGGCGGUUAUUUUGCUGCCGCACGCCGACUGCAUUUGAGAACCUACCAAGAUCAUCUUCAAUACGGUGCGGCGCACAAAUCCGCUCUUACCAAACUGACCAAGGGAGAUAUCUACCAAAAUGAGAGGUUAGUCAAGCCAUCCAUCUAUCGUGCCUCCGAGGUACGGCCUGGCCAAAACAAUGUCUUCAACUCGAGAGACAAGAAGAUACACAGUGCCAAACGAAGACUUGUGGGUCAGGCACUUUCGGACCAAUCACUUCGACGGUUCGAGCCUACUCUACUUGAACAAGUUGAUACUUUCAUCAGAAUCCUCUAUAAAGCAUCCGAUGUCUCCCGUGCCGUGGACAUGACACCAUCUUGUCGCCACCUCGGCCUCGAUACCAUCGGACAACUAGGCUUUGGCUAUGAUCUCAAAAUCCAAUCUGAGGAAGAACAUAGGUUCUUAAAGAAGGCAAUUGUGUUUACCAACUUUCGUAUCAAUCUUGCUCUCCAACUGCCGGCAUUGAUCAACUUCCGUCCUGAUCUUAUUGCCUCCUAUCUUCCUAACAGCAUUCGCAAGCGCCUCCUCGCCGUGGUGGAAAAGAUGAUCGCUACCCGGCUUGCUCAGCCCGUUAAUGCUAAACAUGACCUACUGUCUUUCAUUACUCCUAAACUUCAAACUGACUUGAAAGACAUCCAAAGUGGAGAGCUAUGGCCAGAGGCCGUGUUCUUCUUUGGAGCAGGGGGUGACACGACUGCGACUGCAAUGGCAGGCGCCUUUUUCUACCUAUCACGUAACUCUGACUGCUACCAGCAACUUGCUACAGAGAUCCGUACUACGUUCAAUUCCGCUGGCGAGAUCCGAGGCGGACCACAACUUGCAGGCUGUCGAUACCUCCGAGCCUGCAUAGACGAAUCACUUCGCAUGGCUUCACCUGUCGGCACGACACUAUGGCGCGAGUUAGACUCUCAGGAAGCUGGACGGGGUCCUCUGGUUGUGGACGGACACUCCAUACCUCAUGGCACUCUUGUGGGCGUCAACAUCUACAGCCUUCACCACAACGAAGACUACUUUCCCGACCCCUUCACAUUUCGCCCUGAAAGGUGGCUGGACGACGGUGCCGAUAAGGCGCGAGCGGCUUUUGCCCCGUUCUCGGUCGGGCCUCGGACCUGCGCCGGAAAACCUCUUGCUUACCAAGAGAUAAGCCUAGCCCUGGCUAAGACACUCUGGUAUUUUGACUUUGAGCCUGCCCCGGGAUACCUAGGUGAUAUUGGAGGGGGAACUCCUGGAAAGACAGACGGGAGAGGAAGAGUGGGAGAAUAUCAGACUUAUGACAUCUUUGGAGCCUAUCAUGAUGGGCCCUACCUGGUCUUCCAUCCACGACAUAUGCAUUGUGACGAAUUGAAGCACAGGCAGGACGGCUAA